GCCGACGGUUUUGCCUCUCGGGCUCUCUCUCUCUCUCCCGUCGUGCGCCCGUCCGUUUUUCUUUCUCCCCUGCUGCCACGUGUCCUUCGCCGGCGUUCUCUCUCGUUGCACGAUUGCUCAUUUCCCCCGACUCCCAUCCCCGCCCCCCCUCUCCCCCCCCCCCAACCCAAUUGCUUCCUCUUUUUUUUCCCCCAAUUUUUAAUUCCUUUCAUAACUGCCUUUUGAUUGGUUGCCAAGCUCCCACCAAUGAGGAAGCUUCGUUUUCAUGAGCAGCGGCUUUUGCGCAAAGUCAACUUUUUGGAAUGGAAGAAGGAACGCAACUUACGCGAAGUGAAAGCCAUUCGGAACUAUCGACUUACGAAUCGAGACGAUUACAAUAAGUACAACAAGCUUUGUGGCAUGGUGACCAAAUUAGUGAAUAAUAUCAAGAAGCUGGACUCAACGGAUCCUUUCCGUAUCGAGAUGACGGAGCAGCUACUAGAAAAACUGUACAACAUGGGCAUCAUUGCAUCACAAAAGAGUUUGGCAGUGUGCGACAAACUGAGCGCAACGUCAUUUUGCAGGAGGCGGCUUGCAGUGAUGCUCGUGAGGCUCAAAUUUACAGAGAACCUUGUGGAGGCGGUCACGUUCAUCGAACAAGGCCGGGACGGUGACGCCGACAACGCUUCACCGGAGGAAGUAACCUGAGCGAGUGACAAUUACCUGUCGAGUAGAAGUUUUGAGUCGUGGAAUAGAUCUAUUCCAGGAGUGAUGGAGAGAGGGAGGGAGAGAGGAAGGGAGGGAGAGAGGGAGAUACGGAGGGAUAGAGGGAGAGAGGGAGGCAAUUCAAUACUUCAGUUGGCAGGUUUGCAAAGUUUAUGACCGGAAACCUUGUCGAAGUGAACUCGUUAUUGUGAUGUGGGUUUUUUUAUUUUUAUUUUUUUUUUAGUUUAGAACUUCAGAACUCUUUGUGAGUCCUUUGUGCGUGAGAUUGCAGACAGCAAACCUUGCGGCAUGCGGGAAAGUCUCUCGGAGAAGAGCGUUUGAACUGUCACGGCCUUGGCAACAAAAGUCGUGUGUUCAA